AUGUUAAUCAACAUUUGGUUUUAAAAAUGUUUGGGGGAAAAGAAAGCAAUAUAGUAAAUAAUAAAUUUACUUGCCCUCAGACUGUUGUGAAAUUCCUCAGAGAAUGGAUGGAUUCAACUGAUGAAGACAAAAAAGUGUGUUGGACCAUUUGUCUAAGCACAACAGAAGAACUCAUAAGACUUGACAAUUUUGGAUGUUUGUUAGGAUUUAGUUUUGUUCUAGGAAAGAGUAAUGAAAGCCAUCAGUGACUGCAGCAUGCUGGGAAUUCACGUGUGAAAGUAUCAGGAGAAGCCUGACUUGCCUCCACUGGCGUAUCUGGUAAUCCCAAAAGGCAGAAAGCUGAACUGAGGUCGUGAUGUUGUUUUAGCCAUUGGGGAACAUAUUUAUUUGAUCACUUUUGGCUGUUGGAGAUGGCAAACAAAAUCAAAAAGAUCUCGUCUGAAGUGGUAAUAUAUUCCCUUCAUACAUCCAUGUUCUAAAAAAAUGUUCAUUCUUUUCUAAAAUGCAAUAGUCAUUACAGUUUUAUUGUUUACUUAUCCUUUAAAAAAAGAGGUCUGAGAACUACUUUUGGUCUGUGGACGUACAACAGAUGCAGGUAAUAAAUGAGGACUCUCAUCUCAGUUUAUAUUGUUUCCUCUACUUCCACCCUUUGUGCUAAGUAAAAUGAUUUUUAAAAGCCACAGCUAAGGAGACAAGUGCGAGGUCCUUUAAGACAGAUACCUGGCACCGUCUUCAGCCUGUCUCUCUGGGGAGCACUAUUUCGAUGAUUUGUCUUCUGUUUCAGUCACUCUGGGGCUGACGUCAUACUCCCGGUAUCAGAGGAAUUGCGCAGCGGUAAGUCUAGAGCCAUCAGUCUUUGCUGUGCCAGCCUGUUUCUUUGGUAAGUACAAUUUAAAAUUCUGGGGAACCUUCCUGCUCUUUUAUAGUGUGAUCUGAACUGAACGUAUCCCCUGCAGAGCCGCGGGGGUUUCAGAAGGUGGGUCUGGCAGGCCUCUUCUACCUGUUGCAUGAUAGAUGCCCAUGAUUUUAUAAUUAUCUUGGAGUUCAGCUGAAGGAGCCCUCAUUUCCAGCCAUGGCAGAAGUGCUCUUGGCGUGGGAAGGAAAAAAGCUCACAAGGAUUUGUAUUAUUUUACUGGGAGAUGCCGAGCCAUUGCUCUGUCACUAGUUGCACGGGAUCUCUGGGAAAACUGGCCGAGUUGCAAGAGACAAGACCUAUGUUUUGAUCUGCUCUGUGUUUCCCUGCUGUCCCCAAGGCUGUCUUCUAGACACACGUCUACAUUUGGGACUACGAGAGAGAUACGCUAGUUGGUAGGUGCCCCCUCCACAUCUUUACAGCUCACUCCACAGUGGAGACUGAGGAAGAUGAAUUUAUUCUCAUUCUUAAUUAGGCUAGCACCAGAUUUCCUACAGAUUUCAGGGUGUGUAGGUGAGCGUGUCCCCACCCUGCCUGCCGAUCUCUGAGCCCAUGGAGAGCUCUGCAGAACUAGACUAGGGUUACUGUCAAAAUGGCUCGGUCUAACCCCUGUGUGCAUGGGGGGCUCAGAGCCACAGGGAGAGCAUCUUGCAUUGCUCUGGUGAAGGUGAUGAACGUGUUUACGUAUCUGAGACAGAGGGGUCCACUGGGGUGAACAAAUAUAACUAGUAAACAGCAUGCAUUUGCUCUGGCAAGCUCUGUAGAGAUACCAGUAUUAGGCUGCUGUGGUCAAGCAGCCUGAAGCAUCAGGAAUGCUGGUCACCAGAUUUUAUAUCCACUGAAGUAUUUAGACAGCGCAAAUUGCAAAGCUCAUAAAUACAAAUAAUAAAUUCUUGAAAGAGCAGAUAUGAAAAAAAUAUUUCCCCUAUGAAAAUCAUAAACAAACGUAGUUCCUGCCAACUUCCAACAUCUUCUGAAACUGCUCUCUGAACAGAAACAUCUGUAUCUUGGAUAAAUCCAAGUCUCUCUUAAUGCAACACAUUGUUGUACUAAUUUGCUUCCUCCCUUCAUCUGCUUUUAGCCUUGUUAGCCCUGCCAAGGGUCUGUGCUGAAAUUGCCAUUUCCUAGAAAGAUGCUCACAGUGGGACCCUAAGCUGUGGCUGAUCACCUCCAAGAAGUACUUGCUCCAUUCAAAAGAUGUGGGAGAGCACAGCUUUUGCGGGAGGGAGAGUGCGACUGAUGGCUCCCUUCUAAAGGUUUCGGAGCAGAAAUCUGUAUGGAGGUGACUAGUGCUUGAAUGCAUCGGCUUUGGGUUGAUCACUACAGCCAGACAGGAUAGAUCCAAAGCAUCCACAGCAGCAGGAUAAACACUGCUUCGAGACCACGAUUCCCUUCCUUUAGAUAAUUCAGUUUUGCAGAGUUGAGAGUGGAUGUCUGAGUCUCAUAGCCUCCCUCUUUCCCCUGCCUCCCUUUCAGAGGAUGCCAUGGAGGAAAAUCAGUCUGGUGAGCAUCACCAGCUUCCAAACUCUGCACAGUUCUCUAGUCCCACCAUGCCUGAUUUUUUAAUAUCUUUCCUAGAGAGUAAAACCUAACACUCUGGUUUUAGAAUAUAUGUGGAGACAGAAAAGCAUUGUAUUUUCUGUGGAGAAUAUUUUCAAUGAGGUGAAAGAGCAGUUGAAGUAUGUCUCCAUGUGGAAUGAGUUGCUGGCUGGUUCCUCUUAGGCCAAGAUUGUAGAAGUGGCUUCUGAUUUUGGAUGUUUAGCUCCUAAUAACUGCAAGGACCUGGUUUUCAAAGGGGUCAAAUGUUUGCAACACCGGAAGACACUGGGGGAAUUCUGCAUGCUUUCACUGGUAGUUGCUGAUGGCUGUCCUGCUCUAGACCCCCGCACAGUUUAAUAAUUAGGAGGGGAUAAUGCUCGUGCAUACUCAUAGAGUGCUUUGACAACCUCGGAUGCAUGAUUGCGCUUAAGAGGAGAUGUAGGAAGCAAAUCCUUAUCAGGACUCCAACUUGAGUGUAAAUGAAGGGCAAUGUUCAUUUUGGCUGGAGCAGUGGCCUUCACUUUUGUUUUAUUUCUGGAUCUUUAUCAAAUUUUCAGUGGGGAAGCAAUCUUUGGUACAGCAGAUGCUUAUUGGCUGGUAAUAGCCUCCUUUUUCUCAUCUCGAGAAGUGGUCCCUGGGCUAUCUGGGGUCCACAGAGCACAGACUGAAACUGCUGCUCCGGAGCGCCCUGCUGUGAACAGUACCCGGAGUCUCAGUCAUUCUUGGUAUUGCUGAAAAGGAGAAAGGGAAACUCUGAAAGCAGGCUGAGGGCUCUUCUCCCCUCUCUUGCAAAGUCUCCCCUCUCGUCACUACCAGGUCACUGCUUGAGCCCCUUCUCAUCUCUAACCCAGCUUCGGCUGCUGCUCUGUGGAGGGGAGCUGCCCUGGAGGUGCCUAGAGCCGGAGGAGCUCCUCUCCUGCAGCUCCCUUCUCCUUGCAAGGGGCACCUGCUCUGAGGCACAGUGGAGAAGCAAAGUGCAUCCACCUAAGCAGUCCUAAAACAGCUCUUCUCAGGGACAGGGUUUGGGCAAUAAUCCUAAUGUGGAGAGUAGCCAUUGCAGUGCCUUUUGGGGACGACAGGAGAGACUGGCCAGCACCUGGGGGAAGGGUUCGAGGAGCUCAAAAGCAAAAGGCUUGAACUUCCCCUGCGCCGUCUGGACUUGAAAUCUGAGGCCCUGGAGCAGCCUAUACUAUAUGGACUGGUAUCUUAGUAGCUUCCAAAGAUGAGUAAAAUGGAGUAGCUAACAUCCGUGGUGUACAGUUCUCCCCCACCGUUUCUGUGUGACGGAGAGAGAAGGAAUGGGGAGAGGUGACGGAUGGCAGUUGCAGGGCGGCCUCGCAGAGCCCACGGCUUUCCUGGGGCGUUUCGUUAGCAGAGUGAGGGCUGCACUCCUUGAAGCGGAAAUGUUCACAGCGAUAAGGACCGAGAUUUAAAAGCCAGGUCUGAAGUCUUCAGAAGCAAAAUUGUGGAUCUGCGUGGAAUAGGCCAGCUGCCGUAGACCUAACUGACACUCGCUUUGGGUAUCUAUGAAAAUAUCCAAAAUGAUGGUCCACCACCACAGCGAUUUUUUUUCCCCUCGUUAUUGGAGACUUACCAGAAGACCUGUAGCUAGGACAACAGUGGCACCUAGUGGAUGUUGAAAUGAGUGAUCAUUCGGAAGAAAACUGGAAGAAAAGCAAUUCUGCCCAGGAAACAUCUGCAGAAAGAAAUGCCUCUCCUCCUAAGGACUGCUCAAUAACACAAAAACAAUUGCAACAAAUAGAGAAACAACUAAAAUGCUUAGCCUUUCAAAAUCCAGGACCCCAGGUAGCUGACUUCAAUCCUGAAGCUAGAGAGCAGAAGAAGAAAGCACGCAUGUCACAGAUGAACCAGGAUUUUUUUUAUAAGCCCAAAAUCACAAAGAAGUAUGACAAACACGGCAGGCUGCUCUGUAAUAAUGUCGAUUUGUGUGACUGCCUGGAGAAGAACUGCCUGGGUUGCUUCUAUCCUUGCCCCAAAUGCAAUUCCAACAAAUGUGGACCAGAAUGUCGCUGCAGUAGGAAAUGGGUUUAUGAUACAAUUGAGACUGAGGCUGGGGAUGUGAUCAGCAUGUUGCCAUUUAUUGUCCCUGACUGAUGUUGUUCGGAUGUUUUUUGCAUCUGAGCAAAGUUCUUCUUUCUUCUAAUUUUAUUAAAAUAAUCUUGACU